GCACCUCGCUGCUCCAUAUAUACAUGAAGAGCAGAAGCUUGGGCAAAGGCGAGAAUGGGAGAACCUGAGUCAUAGUAUUGAUUCGUGCAAGACAACAGCCCUCUGCAUUAGCAGCAUCCUCAUCUCCAUCUUCCUGUUAUCCAGCUCCAGUCAUGGCAACCUCCGACAGUGCUCAGUUGAGUAAGGCCAUUAAGCAGAUGUAUCUGGAACUGCCGCAGGGAGAUAAGGUGCAGGCGAUGUACAUCUGGAUUGAUGGGACCGGGGAGGGUCUUCGCUGCAAGACUCGCACUCUGGACAGUGAACCCAAGACCAUAGAAGAUCUGCCCGAAUGGAACUUCGAUGGAUCUAGCACACACCAAUCUGAGGGAUCCAACAGUGACAUGUACCUGAUUCCAGUCGCAAUGUUUAGAGACCCUUUUCGAAGGGAUCCCAACAAGCUGGUACUUUGCGAGGUGCUAAAAUACAACCGAAAAACUGCAGAAACAAACCUACGUCAUACAUGUAAUCAGAUAAUGGACAUGAUGGGAAAUGAGCAUCCAUGGUUUGGAAUGGAACAGGAAUAUACAUUGUUGGGUAUGGAUGGACAUCCUUUUGGCUGGCCUUCAAAUGGCUUCCCAGGACCACAAGGCCCCUAUUACUGUGGAGUAGGUGCAAAUAAGGCAUAUGGUCGGGAUAUUGUGGAGGCUCAUUAUCGGGCUUGUCUUUAUGCUGGUGUGAAAAUUGCAGGAACUAAUGCAGAAGUUAUGCCAGCACAGUGGGAAUUCCAAAUUGGACCAUGUGAAGGAAUAGAUAUGGGAGAUCACCUUUGGAUUGCUCGAUUUAUACUGCAUAGAGUAUGUGAGGAUUUUGGGAUCAUUGUGUCAUUUGACCCAAAACCCAUUACUGGAAACUGGAAUGGAGCUGGAUGUCACACCAAUUUCAGCACAAAGUCAAUGCGUGAAGAAGAAGGCCUUAAGCACAUAGAAGAAUCCAUUGAACGUCUAAGCAAACGUCAUGAGUAUCACAUUAGAAUGUAUGAUCCAAGGGGAGGUAAAGACAAUGCCCGUCGUCUCACAGGUUUCCAUGAGACAUCCAGUAUCCAUGAGUUCUCAGCAGGAGUUGCAAACCGUGGUGCAAGUAUCCGCAUUCCCCGCCUUGUAGGUCAGGAGAAGAAAGGCUAUUUUGAAGAUCGUCGUCCAUCGGCCAACUGUGACCCCUAUGCUGUGACCGAGGCUAUCAUCAGGACCUGCCUGCUGAAUGAAACUGGAGACGAACCUCUUGAAUACAAGAACUAAUCCUGAACAAAAUAAAAGUCCAUACUUUUCUCUUGCCACAUGCAAAGAAUUUUUAGCCAGUUCUGUUUCUAUUUCCAUAUAAAUGUCUGUGUCAGUUAUCGUGUUUUGGCAAGAAAAUUCUGUUUUUGGGUAGUCCCUUAUUAGCUGGAUUUAAAUUUUUUUCUGUUCAUGCAUUUGCCUUCUGAUUUUCAUAACAAAGUAAUAAGGGAGAACUGCCAGGGAUUUGUUUGCGAAAAUCACAUAAUAAGACAGGCAGUGGUAAAUGAGGGUUGUCUUCAACAAGGCAAAAAGUAGACUAAACUCAUUAAAAAUAAAAACUCCAAAGAGAUAGAAACAGGACUGGCCCCAGCCCUUCCUUUUCAAAAAGGCCAGUAAUUCUGCUACAAGGUACAUAUCUUAAAAUCUCUGUUUUUCUACUGGGCCCUAGAAUAGGCACCUAUGGCAGAAAAGGGUAUGAGGUGUUUACAGUUAACACAAUAAAUAAUGUUUUAACGGGGCUGUGCCCCAAGUUAAGUCCACUUACAGCAUCUCUAACAAAGCCCUGAUUCUACAACAAUUAAUUCUAAAGAUCAGGGUAGCAUAUAAGAAAAUCUAAAAUGGUGUAAGCUUGGGGCAUAUGUUAUGCUUUGUGUAACCCCAAGUAUGGGCAUUUUAAAAUGGGUAGAAAAUGAAAGAAUUUGGGGGCAAAAUCUUAUUGGCCAUUUUAAUUCUGAUAACCACUAAGAAACACAGUGCUCUACCCAUUUAAUCCUAGCUUUUGCCAGGUACUUCUAGUCAAUUAAUAAACUAUAGGUCAGUGCUGCUUAUCUGUCAUUACUGAUAGAAAUGCAGGGUACGAUUUUUGCUGCCAAGGAAAUCAGGGGUUAUUUAGUGUGAAUUUUAUGCAUUAUUACAUGUGCAUUCAUGGUCCUUACAAUGUUGUAAUUUGGGUCCAUCUGUUUAGUAUUUUUAUAUUUCACUGUAAAUUUAGAUUCAAGAAAAGUUGAAAAAUGAUUAUAUAUAUAUUAAAAACUUGUAUUGAUAAAAAUAAAAUCGCAAUUACAGUUUUUGUUGGUGCUAAAAGUAAGUGGAGGGUUUGCAGUUUAUGCUGGGGACAGUACAAAGGCAUAAGCCAAGCAAUCUUAAAGCAACAGGGUCAACACAAUAAAGACAGGAGACACAGCAGUUAUAGGGAUCCUGGUGUGAGAAAGAUCCAAGGGAGAUUCUAACUGAUGUAUAGCUUCAUUUUAUGCAUGCAACACAGAUAUAGGGGCUAGUAAAUUAUGGUUUUGGCACUGUGAAGCAGUGAAAAAAUGAUUAUUAGCCUUUUGUAGACUGGAUGAGGGAAGUUUUAGAGAUAAAGGAAGCUUUCAUCAUGCUAUUCCAUUUUCCAUUUAGUUAAAAAUGCAAAUGUUUUAGCAAGGCUAGAUGCUAACAGUUGCGGCUACUGUUCCACUACUAAAAUAUCUGGUGCUUAAGAGUUACAGAUUUUGCAUAAAAAUUGACUGGUUUCCUUGUUUUCCUCAGAAUUUAAACUGCCAAUUCUUCUUUUAUGAGCAGUUCUUGGGUCUAAGAAGCUAGGGUCGACUGCUUUUAACUUGCAUCUCAAUUUUUCAAUAGUUUGGUUUUUAAAUUAGAUUUUUUUCCAUUUUAUAAUAAAAAAAAUAACACUUAAUGAAA